UGUCAGAGAGGUCGGGUGCCGUAGGGUGCCGAAUCUGAUUGGUUGACUUUUUUUUUACUUGCGCCUGGCAGGACCAUGCUUUGUUGGAUCAUGAUCAUAUAUAGAGGUUGCAUGUUUGCACGCACGCACGCAGCAGGCAGAAACAUUGAGCCAGCCCACAGUUAGUAGAAAAAGCAAUAUGGUACUAUUGUGUUUUUGGUAGUUUUGAGGGUCACAGCCAAAAAUUAAAUUCUACUUAUUCGUGCGAAGAAAUUGGAACGGAUCUUGAAAACUAAAGUGCGAUUGUAUGACGAAAUAACUAAAUUUUGUGAGUCAUAAAGGUCAUCGUAUUUUUAAAUUUGGAGUCUACGUUUCGUGUUUUAAUGAAACUGUUUAAAGAAUAGUAACUUUACGUAUUUUUGUCAAUAUUGUCAAUACGGGUUUGUUUGGAGCACCUGUCAAAAUAAUAUCACGUGACUAAAUGUUUUCAAAUAUUGAAGUAGGACACUUUUUCCUCGGAAAGAACGAUAUGUCAAGACAAAGAGAGAACGCAUUAGAAUUGUUUUUUCAAAAUAAAAUAAUGUAAAUAUUUUGGAAGAAUAUUAUGACAAGAAAAUUAUUAUGAUUACUCGAUGAUGACGAAAUUGGUCCAGAUGUUAUUUAAUUAUACGCAAUAAAAGGAUGAUUUUGGAUACUUUGGUGGUCAUGAUUGAUUCGGACUUGUUACGGAUUCCAUGUUUUUAGCAGUACAAAUUGCGAAUCAAAGAAGACUUCUUUCCAUUAUCAAUUUAAUUAGAGCGGAUAACAAAUUUUCCUGUCGGACUACUUUCAGAUUGAUUCGCACUCCUUCCGUAUUCCAUGUUUUCAGCCCCUGAGAGAUUCUGGAUUCGAGCGGAUGGCAAGAAAAUUUCUCAACAAUCUAAUUGUCAAUUAAAAGAAAAAUGAAAAAGAAGCUUCGAGGGAUGGAGUCGUUUUUAGAGCUCUUUGAACCAGAAGAAUCUAAGCCGAGGAGAAAAAAAAAUUGGGAAGUCGGUAUAAGUGAACAAACUGAACAUGAAGGUUCUCCAGAUGGUGAUCUAGAAGAUAGAUUACCUCCUGAGCCUGAACAAGGAAAUAUUGAGUACAAACUGAAAUUGAUUAAUCCUUCCAGUCAAAGAUUUGAACAUCUUGUCACUCAAAUGAAAUGGCGCCUUCGCGAAGGUCAUGGAGAAGCUAUUUAUCAAAUUGGUGUCGAAGACAAUGGAAGAUUAGCGGGCUUGUCGAGGGACGACAUGAAACUCUCCUUGAAAACAUUGAGGGACAUGGCUGAUAGAUUAGGAGCGGAAACGACAGUGCUUCGAGAAAGACUUGCAAAAUGCAAGUCAAGAACAAGCAAAGUGGAGGAAAAAAGAGUAGCCGAAGUAUUGGUUCGAAAAUUACGAAAGGGUGAUGCUGAUGAUCAAGAUGUCGUGAUUGAUUUAAGACUAGCAGUAUUAGGAGGGCAAGAUGCUGGAAAAUCUACCAUCUUAGGAGUACUCACGCAAGGUGAAUUGGACAAUGGCAGGGGGAGAGCCAGGCUAAAUAUAUUUCGCCACCUUCACGAAAUUAAAACAGGGCGUACGUCAUCAAUUUCCCACGAAAUUCUUGGAUUCGAUAAUGAUGGUCAUGUUUUGAAUUAUUCAGAAAUGAAGACAGCAGAGGAAAUCUGCGAUCAUGCAUCGAAGGUGGUUACAUUCAUUGAUUUAGCAGGACAUCGAAAAUAUUUACGGACGACAUUGUUGGGCCUUACAGGUUACGCUCCACAUUAUGUGAUGCUUGUCGUCUCGCCACCUGUGAAUGAAGCUUUCCAAGAGCACCUAACUCUCUGUCUAGCUUUGCGAAUUCCGUUCUUUAUUAUCGUGACCAAAAUAGAUUUAGGUUUUAGAAACCCUCGAGAAAUCAUAUUACAACUAGAAACUAUCUUGCAAGCCCAGGGUUGUCUUAAAAAAUUGGUGCUCCAUGCAAAGAAUAACGAGGAACCAGACGUUUGCGAUUUAGAUGCAAUACCAGUAUUUCUUGUGAGUUGCGUAUCUGGCGAAGGCCUAGGGGAACUCACCAAUUUUAUUAGAGAUUUGUCGCCUACAGAUCUAACACCUCUAGAAACAGAUCCAGAAUCCUCUCUCUUCCAAAUAGACGAAACGUUCAGGGUAGUGGGACUAGAUGAACCAGUACUCGGCGGUUUGCUCGUAAAGGGACUUAUCACACCUGGAACACGAUUAUUAGUUGGUCCUUUGCCGGAUGGCGAGUUUAGCCCAGUCAAAGUAGUUAGUCUUCAUCGUAAUAAAACGCCUUGCUGUGUGGUUCGAGCAUCACAGAGUGCAAGUUUAACAAUAGCGCCUCCUACAAAAAGAGACCCGCCCUUACCUCACCUUCGGCCUGGUAUGGUUUUAGUCUCUUCUCGUGACCAUCCUCAUGCUACGCUCUUCUUCCAGGCUACUAUUCUAGUUGUGUACCAUCCUACGGCAAUAUAUCCCGGAUUUCAAGCCACUGUUCACGCAGGCAAUGUUAGACAAACCUGCAUAUUUGAAGGUAUAAUGGAGAUGAAAGACGAUGGACUCAAAACUAAUGGAACAGCUUCAGUGUUACUUAGAUUUGUGUGCCAUCCGGAAUAUCUUCACGUCGGAAUGAGGCUUCUGCUCCGGGAAGGAAGAGCCAAAGCAAUUGGCAAAAUUAUUCAAAUAUUUCCCCUGAUAGGAUCGCAAAAUACGAUUCAUUAAUCUCCUUGUUUGGAAGUGAAAGGAGUCUAAAAUAAUGUAAUUUCUUUAUUUUUCUUCUUUGUUUGAAACUACCUUUGUUCGAGAAAGGUAAUAUUUAAAUAGCAAUGUGAAGUUCAAUAGAUUUAGACCGUUAUCUUUUUUUAACUCGCCCUAAUGCGACAAAACAAGUUGCGUAUUAACAACUACGAAUUACAACUUGAAUAUAGAAAGUUCUUCGUUCAAUUGGCUGUUUUAGAGCUUUUGUGCUUUUGUACUAUAUGUAUUCCUUCUUUCAAAGAUUGAAUUAAUUUUAAACUUGUCUAACAGUUAGAUGUGAUAACGAUUUUCGCGUUAAAAUCGUGUAAAUAUGACUUCAGUCGCAAUUCUAUUUAACUAAAUAAUACAGGAAGCUAUGUAACCAAUCGGUGGAUUGAUAUUUAUUUAUUUAUUUACAUUGAUAAACUAUUGACAAAAAAUGUAUUUUUUUCUCAAGGGAGUGUUUCAGAAUUAUUUAUCUGAGAUAAAAAUCUUGUACGGGGUACUUGAUUAGUUAAAAAAUGGCCUGUACAUAAUUAAAUGAUAUUUUUUUAAUUACAGAAGUAAUUGA